AUGAAUUCUAAAAGAAAAAAAAUGCUGUUAAUGAUUUCAUGUGUUGUAUCACUCAUACUGGUUGAGCGUCAUUCCAGGAAUCAAGUGGAAGAACUUCGGCUCUCAGACUGGUUUAAUCCUAGGAGACGCCCCGAGGUCAUCACGACCACGGAUUGGCUGGCUCCCGUCAUAUGGGAAGGCACCUUCAACAGACAGGUCCUAGAAAAAUACUACAGAAAGCAGAACCUCACCACGGGCUUGGCUGUCUUUGCCAUUGGCAGCAUUGCAGACCAGUACCUGGAGCAGUUCUUACGAUCAGCAAUAAAGCAUUUCAUGACCGGCUACCGAGUUGUCUUUUACAUCACGGUGGAUAACUUAAACAGGGUGCCUGACCUGGAGCCGGGGCCUCUUCAGACAUUCAAAGUAUUUACCAUCAAAGAAGAGAGCUGGUGGCACGACUUCCAUGUCAUGCGCAUGAGCAGCCUCAGUGAGCAGAUCACACAGCACAUCCAGGACGAGGUCGACUUCCUCCUCAGCAUGGCCGUCAGCCAGAUCUUCCAGAAUGACGUCGGGGUGGAGACCCUGGGCACGUCUGUGGCUCAGCUCCAUGCCUGGUGGUACUUUAAAGACACCAAGAAUUUCCCUUACGAGAGGAGGCGCAAAUCAGCGGCUUGCAUCCCGUUCGGUCAGGGGGAUUUCUAUUACGACAGCGCGUUCGUUGGGGGCACGCCCCUGGAGGUUUUACACCUCAUCGAAGAAUGUCUGAAAGGGAUUGCUCAGGACAACAAGAAAGGGCUGGACAGCACCUACGAAAGCCACCUGAACAAAUACUUUUUCCUCAAUAAACCCACCAAGCUGCUGUCACCAGAAUACAACUGGGACGCUACGUUUUACCCGCCUCCGCAGGUUCAGUACGUCAAGGUGGCCCAGCUCUCCAAAGAGAAAUGGUGA